UCAGAAUGAAUGACAAACCUAUCUGGGAGCAGAUUGGAAGUGGCUUUGUUAAUCAUUACUAUCAAGUUUUUGAUGCAGACCGGGGCCAACUAGGAUCAUUAUAUAUUGAUGCAUCAUGUCUAAGUUGGGAAGGACAGCAGUUCCAAGGUAAAACUGCUAUUGUGGACAAACUACUUGCCCUUCCGUUUCGAAAAAUACAACACAGCAUAACUGCACAAGACCACCAACCCACCCCAGAUAGCUGCAUCCUGAAUAUGGUAGUGUGCCAACUUCAGGCUGAUGAAGACCCAGUCAUGGGACUUCACCAGAUAUUUCUACUGAAAAAUAUCAACGAUUCUUGGAUCUGCACCAAUGAUGUCUUCAGGCUAGCACUGCAUAACUAUGGCUGAGACUUCUGCCUCAAGCAGAUCCCUACAUCCACUCUUUUAAUCUGCUAUUAAUCACAAUAACUAGAUUCCAAAUAUCAUACACAAGUGUGUACACAAAGUAAAAUCUGCAACCUGUGUAGUAUUGAAUCAGUUUGCUUGAAUUUAGCUAUUUGUGCAUGAUGUUUGGAAUGAUGUUACUUUAGCUGACAUGGGCAAGACAGUACUCCAGUGUGUGUUGUACCAGCAUGCCUUAGAAGAUAAGUCAUCUUACACUUUUUUUCUGAUGUGUAC